UUCCCGUUUUACAUGUUCUAGAACAUAAUUAGAUUAACGUCACACGUCAUUACGUCACCGCGCCACGCCGUCCGACGUCCCUCCAGAAUUUCACGUAUCAACAUACAGUUCGUCUUCGUUAUGGUGCCAUAUACAGUUUUGGGUGUUUUUAUUUAUAUUUUUUUUUUACGAACGCUUUAAAUGUAGGUAAUUAUUGGUCAUGCUGUACGUGCUAAUAGACAACUGCUUGAAGCCGUGGGCUGCGUCCCAAACCGCGUACUUACUGUCUAUAUAGUAGCCCAGAUACAUGUAUUUUGGCCUAUAGUAGGAAAGUAUGCGGUUUGGGACGCAGCCGUACUCUCUUGUUCGCCGUAAAACUGCCAUGUCUACACCAUCUCUAGGUUCUUACGAUGUUUUCAUUCCUAACGUCUUGUAUAACACUUGACUGGAACUGUCAUUUAAAUCCCAUUCUCUGGACUCCGAUGUGCAGUGAGUAAAUAGAAAUACUUCUGCUACUGAAUGUAAAAGGACGUGGACACUUAAGUUAUUCCUUCAGAUGUCCUUCUGGGUGUUUCCCUACCUAUCCAGUGUUCCUGGGAUGGACUCUGACCCUGAUAAGGAUAAAGUGCUUACUGAAAAUGAAUGGUUGGUGAUCUGACUGAGUGUAAUUCAUCCCAGAGGUCAGUGACAGCUGUGUGUCCAUGAGCUGUAUGCAAAUACACUAAUAUUCAAAAAUGGAGAGCCCUGAGCUGAACACAGAUAAUGUGACCCCACCCUCAAAAAAGUGUAAGCUCCUGAGAAAGAGAUCAGACUCACCCGAACCCAGCUGUGUCUCCAUGAAGAGUGAUGCGUCGAUGGAUCCUCCUUGGUACUUUAAGAAUGGAAACCCCUCGUCUGUACACAGUAAACUCCAGAGAAAGAUAUCAGACUCACCUGAACCCAGCUGUGUCUCCAUGAAGAGUGAUGCGUCUAUGGAUCCUCCUUGGUACUUUAAGAAUGGAAACCCCUCGUCUGUACACAGUGUUCUACAGAAGUCAGGAGACAGAAGAGAAAAGAUCAUCAUCACAGCUACAGGACACGACCCAGAACCUGCUGCUGUAAAUGACUUCCAGAAAAAGUUCAAAUUAAAUCUGGUGAAGAAGUUUCAGUGUUUAAAUGGAGUGAUGAUAAACCUGGAAAACCGAACACUUCUGAAUGAGAUCUACACAGAGCUCUACAUCACAGAGGGAGACAGUGGAGACGUCAAUAAAGAACAUGAGGUGAGACAGAUCGAGGCAGCAUCCAGGAGAACAACAACAGAGGAAACACCAAUCAAAUGCAAUGACAUCUUUAAGCCCUUAUCUGAUCAAGACGAACCCAUCAGAACUGUGCUGACAAAGGGAGUCGCUGGCAUCGGAAAAACAGUUUCUGUGCAGAAGUUCAUUCUGGACUGGGCUGAAGGGAAAGUAAAUCAGGACGUCCAGCUCAUAUUUCCACUUCCUUUCAGAGAGCUGAAUUUGAUGAAGGACCAGAAACUGAGUCUGAUGGAUCUCCUUCAUGUCUGUUUUAAGGAGAUAAAAGAAACAGAAAUGUGCAGUUUGGAAAAGGUUCUGUUCAUUUUUGACGGAUUGGACGAGUAUCGUUUUCCUCUGGAUUUCCAGAACACAGAGAGAGUGUGUGAUGUAACUGAAUCAGCAUCAGUGCAUGUGCUGCUGAUAAACCUGAUCAAAGGGUAUCUGCUUCCCUCUGCUCUCAUCUGGAUCACCUCCCGACCAGCAGCAGCUGAUCAAAUCCCCUCUGAGUGUGUCCAUCGAGUCACAGAGGUACGAGGGUUCGAUGACCCACAGAAGGAGGAGUACUUCAGGAAGAGGAUCGGUGAUCAGAGCCUGGCCAAUAACAUCAUCACACACCUGAAGUCAUUAAGAAGCCUCUACAUCCUGUGCCACAUCCCAGUCUUCUGCUGGAUUUCAGCCACUGUUCUAGAGAGAUUGUUGGAUGAAGCAGAGAGUGGAGAGAUGCCCAAGACUCUGACUCAAAUGUACACACACUUCAUCAUUCAGACAAACAUCAUAAGAGAAAAGUACUCAAAGAAGCAGGAGAGUGAUGAAGAAAUGCUUCUCAAACUGGGACAACUGGCUUUUCAGCAGCUGAUGAAAGGCAACCUGAUCUUCUAUGAGGAAGACCUGAGAGAGUGUGGCAUUGAUGUGAAAGAAGCAGCAGUGUACUCAGGUGUGUGUACUCAGAUCUUCAGAGAAGAAUUUGGGCUUCACCAGAGUAAAGUGUACUGCUUUGUUCAUCUGAGCAUUCAGGAGCAUCUCGCAGCUCUGUAUGUGCACCUGACAUUCAUGAUGGAAAAGAGAAAUGUUCUUGAACAGAGUCGGGACUUUAAGACAAUUUCAGAUGUCCACAAGAGUGCUGUAGAUCAGGCCUUAGAAAGUCAGACUGGACAUCUGGAUCUUUUCCUCCGCUUUCUUCUGGGUCUCUCACUGGAGUCCAAUCAGAAACUCUUACAUGCCUUAGUAACACAUACAGAAGGUAGCUCCCAGAGCAAAGAGGAAGCAGUUCAAUACAUUAAGAUGAUGAUCAGUAAGAAUCCCCCUGAAGAGAAAUCCAUCAAUCUGUUCCACUGUCUGAAUGAACUGGGGGACAAUUCUCUAGUGGAGCAAAUCCAACGUUACCUGAAAUCUGGAAAACAAAGAAAGUUCUCUUCUUCACAGUGGUCUGCUCUAGUGUUUGUCUUACUGACAUCAGCACAGGAGCUGGAGGAAUUUGACCUGAGUAAAUAUACUAGUACAGAGAACAUAACCGCUUUGGCUCUUGUGAAGGUGAUGCCUGUGAUAGCAGCAGCCAGAAAAGCAAUCAUUCAGCAUGUAACACUUAACGAGAAACACUGUGAAGCUUUGGCCUCUGUACUCGGCUUUGAAUCCUCCAGACUAAGAGAACUGGAUUUGUCGGAGAGUAAACUAGGAGACUCGGGAGUGCAGUGGCUCUCUGCUGGACUGAAAAAUCCUCACUGUAAACUGGAGGCACUAAGGUUGGUGUUUUGUCGUAUCUCAGAUGAAGGCUGUGCUUCUCUGAUGUCAGCUCUGAGAUCAAACCCCUCACACCUGAGAGAACUGAAUCUGUCUCAGAAUAAUCUAGGAGACUCAGGAGUGAAGUGUCUCUCUGCUGUACUGGAGAAUCCUCACUGUAAACUGGAGAUACUGAAGUUGUGUGGUUGUGGUGUCUCAGAUGAAGGCUGUGCUGCUCUGGCUUCAGCUCUGAGAUCAAACCCCUCACACCUGAGAGAACUGGAUCUGUCUGAGAAUAAACUACAAGACUCAGGAGUGAAGUGUCUCUCUGCUGGACUGGAGAAUUCUCACUGUAAACUGGAGAUACUGGGGUUGUAUAAUUGUGGUGUCACAGGUGAAGGCUGUGCUGCUCUGGCUUCAGCUCUGAGAUCAAACCCCUCACACCUGAGAGACCUGUAUCUGUCUCAGAAUAAACUAGGAGACUCAGGAGUGAAGCGUCUCUCUGCUGUACUGGAGAAUCCUCUCUGUAAACUGGAGAUACUGGGGUUGCGUUAUUGUGUGGUCUCAGAUGAAGGCUGUGCUGCUCUAACUUCAGCUCUGAGAUCAAACCCCUCACACCUGAGAGAACUGUAUCUGUCUGGGAAUAAAAUAAGAGACUCAGGAGUGAAGUGUCUCUCUGCUCUGAAGAAUGACGACCAUUACAAACUACAGACACUGACGGUGUGACGAACAUCUGUGUGUGAUGAAAACUCCAGUGUUCCUGCAUUUUCAUGUUGGGGAAUAGACAACACAUUUAUAAACAAAGUCAGUCUCCGUUGUGACCCAUUAAACAGACAACGAGAAGUGGGAAGUGUGUAGAGCUGCAACAACUAAUCUAUAAUAAUAAUCGAUUAUUAUUGCUAGCAUGCUCUCCCCAUGCUGCAAGGGUUUCCUCCGGGUACUCCGGUUUUCUCCCCCAGUCCAAAGACAUGCAUGGUAGGCUGGUUGGCAUGUCUAAAGUGUCCGUAGUGUAUGAAUGGGUGUGUGUGUGUGUGAUUGUGCCCUGCGAUAGACUGGCACCCUGUCCAGGGUGUACCCCGCCUUGUGCCCGAUGCUUCCUGGGAUAAGCUCCAGGUUCCCCGCCACCCUGAAAAGGAGUAAGCGGUAGAAGAUGGAUGGAUGGAUUAUUAUUGCUAAUAAUCGAUUAUGAAAAUCGUUGUCAACGAAUCUCAUUAUGCAUUGUGUACUCUACCGUCUAGUGCAGGGCUGUCAAACUCAUUUUAGUUCAGGGGCCACAUACAGCCUAAUUAGAUGUCAGGUGUGCCAGGCCAGUAAAAUCAUAGCAUAAUUACCUAUAAAUAACAAUAAAUCCAUGUUUUUCACUGUGUUUUCAUGCAAAGAAGUACAAGUACAUUAGGAAAAUCUUCAUAUUUAAUGAAAUAUCCUUUUAAAAAACAUAUCAUGAACAACCUCAGUUUCUUAAGACAAAAAUAUGCAAUUUGCAUUUGAUUAUCAUUUACAUGUGUGCAGUACAACUGGUCAGUGUUUGUACAAAUGCAAAACACUUUAAGUCACAGGUAUUUGGAACUGAAAAGUAUAGUAUUGCGCUUUAAAAUUUAUGGCUUGGCAUGAACAAUAGGAUUCCACCAAACCAAACUCUUUUGUAGUGAAGCUGUUGACUAAUAUUAAAUUGCACAUUUUUUAACUAUUACCCAUUCAUCUCUGCGAAUAAAUAUGAAGCGGUUCAUUUUUCUUGGAAAACUCUACACUCUGUAUCCACUUUUCUCCUUUUUGACAGACAUUUUGGCUAAUGAUGGUGUGGGGGCGCUUAGAAAAUAUUGUAGACAAACAGCAGAAGGUGCAUUGCUGCUCGCUCUCUCUCUCUCUCUCUCAUAUAGAGAGAUAUAUAUAUAUAUAUAUAUAUAUAUAUAUAUAUAUAUAUAUAUAUAUAUAUAUACACACACACUUAUUAUAUACUGUAACGCUCAGUUUGUAGAUUUUAUUUUAAAUAAACGAAACCAUGUACUCAAACUUUGCCCACCCCCCCUCGAAUAAACAAACAAAAAUUCAGACAACUAAUAAUCGUUAGUUACAGCCCUAGAAGUGUGUGUUCAUCAGACUGAGGCUGUACAGGAUCCAGACAUUAAGACUGGACAGCUCAUUGUUUGCUCCUGCUCCUAACACAGCUGAUCUAAUGUUUAUAGCUUUAUAUAUUUUAUGUUAACUGUAACAUCAGCACAUUAUCUAAAAACGUGUAUAAGUCUGAGCUCCUGUAAACUGGGGCAGGCUUUAUCAUAAGGCAAAGGUUGGCAAUUGCCUUGGGCCACAAGCUACCAAGGGCCCCUAAAACUCUGCAUAAUCUAAAUGGUUAAGAAAGUUUUUUUUUUUCCUUUUAGCUGUACAGCUGAGUGGUGCAGUUCUCCUACACUGCACCAGAUGAUGCCCCCUGACUAGCUAACAUGCUGUCUUGAUUGUUUUAUAUUCUUGAUUGUUUAAUAUAAUGUAUUAUCUUGUCACACUGUUCUUCUGUUUGCCUAUUUUACAAAUAUGACUUGAUAUCUGUUCCGCACUACUUCAAAUAAAUAUGCUUAAAUAGCA